AUGUCGGGCCCCGAGUCUUACUUCCUGGUCCCAGCAUUGGGUCAAGAACCGGAUAGCAUGCCGCUCGGGAGCGUUAUCGCGGAUGUUGAAACCCUGGAAAGGAUGAACCCGAAUGAAAACCUUUCAAUCCCCAUCGACACAAAAAUAUUCACUGCGAAGAUCGAAACCGCGACGGGUUUUAUGUGGAAUGGCCCGGAUGAGGGAUAUUCCCUUACAAAGUACUUAGCCUUCAGACGCCUUAUCCUCGGUGAUAUUGAGGCACCUCUCCCCCCAGGGUCAACAAUCAAGUACCGGUGUGAGCGGAUCGAGACACGACACUUUGAACCGUCAGCCGAGUUUAUCGCAAACGCUGCGGCUAAUCCGGCUGUCAAGUCUCGACUCGAAAUCGGAGACAGUGCGAAGGUCUUUGUGGUCACUGGGAUCAAGACGGCUGAGGAGAUCAAGGUUAAGGAAAACCAAAAGACGGACACGAAAAUGCACAUGAGAGGAACACACGGAAAGUCGGCUCUCGGUCCCACCAUAGUUGCCUUUCAAGUCAAACAGCUUUUUCUCACUCCGGAUGCUACUGACCUGACCGACGAGGAUUUGGUCGAGCAGGGUAUGGAGGCUGUUAAAGUGACCAUUGAUGGCAACGGCGACCAGGAUUGGCAGCUCGCCGCUCUACGUAUGGACUGA